GGUUGCUGAGAAUGGCCCGGACCAAGCAGACCGCCCGUAAAUCCACCGGUGGCAAAGCCCCCCGUAAGCAGCUGGCCACUAAAGCUGCCCGGAAGAGCGCUCCUGCUACUGGGGGAGUGAAGAAACCCCAUCGCUAUCGACCCGGCACCGUGGCCCUGCGAGAGAUCCGCCGCUACCAGAAAUCCACUGAGCUGCUCAUCCGCAAGCUGCCCUUCCAGCGCCUCGUCCGCGAAAUCGCCCAGGACUUCAAGACCGACUUGCGCUUCCAGAGCUCGGCCGUUAUGGCCCUGCAGGAGGCCAGCGAAGCCUACUUGGUGGGGCUCUUUGAGGACACCAACCUGUGUGCUAUUCACGCCAAGAGAGUCACCAUCAUGCCCAAGGACAUCCAGUUAGCCCGGCGUAUCCGAGGCGAGAGAGCUUAAAAGUUUACACCCACCACCUUUUGGCACCUAGGAAACCAUUACGAAAGAUCCAAAGGCUCUUUUAAGAGCCACCACAUUCACAUUCAAAACGAGCUGCAAUACACUCGUCCUUUGUACACCUUUGACAGUUAUAAAUUUCUGUAUCGAUGUUCUUUGAAAUCUUACGAUUCUAACUGUAUAGCCUGUAGUGACAAAGUGUCACUUCAAAUUUCAAACUACU